AUGUUGGUGAGCUUCUUUUCAAACAACGCCCAUUGGAUGGUUGGUGUCUCGCUCUCGCCCAAUCAAGGCAGUAUAAGCUUCUUCCUUGCGUCCUAUACGGUUUUUUCAGUCUCCCUUCUGUGUGGCGCCUGCUUAGGACUCGGCUAUUCCGCACUUUCUACUUCACUUGGCAAACCCAUUUGGAUAAUGGAAUCAGCGGUUUUGAAACCCUUCGCCGUGCUGGCGUAUAUUGGUGGACGUCGAGGGAUUUUUCUGCUAUACUGUGUGGUCAUAACCACAUCAAUUGCGUCCUGUGCCUGCAACGUGCUCGGCCUCAUCUUCCUCAUCCUCCACGACUUUGUGCAGACCUACUUGAGGCAGCAGGACAAGGACGCAGAUGACUUCACCUUCAGCCCGCUGAUGCCAACUGGAAGAAGGAAGGGAGGAAGGAAUAAGAGGAGGAAGGAAUAA